AUGUGCACCAUCCAAGUUCUUUCUGCGAGCAUCGUUCUACUCGCUGCAACUGUCCUUCUCCAACGUUUUUUACGGGGGUAUUCGGUGGUUAGUAAACUACCUGUUGCUCCCUCUGAAGAGGCAAGCAUACUGUGGGGUCAUGAAUACAAGGUAGCCAAGGGUGAGGUCAGCGCCGAGUAUACGCGAUGGGCAGCUCUGUUGGGACAAGUUUUCAGGAUCAAAGCAGCGCUCUUUCAAGGGGAUCGCGUGAUUGUCGCAGACAGCGUAGUGGCACAGCAUAUUUUUCAGAACGCAUAUAUUUACUUGAAUUCUCAAACCUUCGAACCCAUAGUAGUCAAAGUUGUUGGUCGAGGUGUCGCUUGGGCAGAAGGCGAAGAACACAAGUUCCAGCGCAGGCUCCUAUAUGCAACUACAUCAUACAGGCUUUCUGCGGUUAAGGGAUUGGCUGAUGAUGUUUUGCAAUGUGCCGAAAAGUGUGCUUCUAGAUUGGCAAGCGACCUUGAAACUCAGGAAAACAUCAAUGCGGGAGUGUUCAACCUUAGUUUGUACAUCCCGGCCUACGCGUUUGAGACCAUAUGUCGAGUCGUUUUUGGACGCGACUUUGGCUAUGAAAACUCGGAUGCACAGGCUAUACUUGGAUCUUGGCGUGAAGAUGUUCAAAAAUUUGCCACAUUCCUGGCCUUCCUGGCACCUAGGUUAAUCGGAAUAUUUCCUUGGAUUGCAAGACUCCCGAUCGCGGCUUUCCAAGAGGAUGGAUUUGCGAAGAAAGUGAUCCAACGAGUGGCGGGAGAAUUAUUGAAGCAGCCUUCGAACCCUGAUGGACGAGAUAUCUUCUCUAUCCUUGUGAGGGAAUCAUGGGAAGGCAAAGAAAUUUCAGGAGAGAAGCUAUCCAAUCAACAGCUGAUUGACAAUAUCACAACCCUUCUAAUGGCUGGUUUCGAAGCAUCAUCGGGAGUUGUAGUGUUUACUCUGCUCGACCUGGCGCAGAACAUGGAGGCACAGACCAGGCUUCGAGAAGAGCUCCUCGGGGCUGAACUAGACCCAAAGACCAUCGACAACCUGCAGUACCUCGACGCUGUUACACGCGAAAGCCUCCGCUUGCACCCAUCAUCUGCGGAAACACACCGUAUAGCCGUUUGUGACGAUACUAUUCCUUUACACAAGCCCGUCACACUUCAGACUGGUGAGAUCAUCACCGCCCUUCCCGUAAGAGCCGGUGAUCAAUUCACCAUACCUUAUACGCUUUUGAACACUAAUCCCGUAAUAUGGGGGCCAAAUGCCCAGGAGUUCGUCCCAGAGAGAUGGAUGGCGCCAGAUGGCGUACCACCGUCGAAAGAACUCCCACACGGACCGUGGAGCAACCUGUCUACCUUUAGCGACGGUCCUCGUAUGUGCAUCGGAUGGCGUUUGGCUGUAAUGCAGGUUAAGACUUUCCUCGCCGUUAUGGUUAGGACAUUCGAGUUCAAAGAUUCAGGGGUCAAAGUUGAUAAGAUGAUGUCGCCCUCUCUUCAACCAUUUGUCAAUGGUAAAGCUGCGGUGCAUCCUAUACGUAUUUCUCCUGUCCAUUCAAGCACGUAUUAA